GCUGAUUAGUUCCCCUCUGCAUCUUGACAUUACAACAGAGGGGAAAAUGGGAGCCAAAUGGCAAGGUUGGACACGCUGACAGACGCCCUGGUUAUUUUUCGCCAUCUUCUUGACUCAAUCCAGGAUUUAAAGACUCGCAGGCUCUUUUCUCAACAGAUGACCAGUUGUUUGGAGCUGUUGGUCUUCUGUGGAUUGUUUUGACAUGUUUAAAUCCUUUGGAUAAUCCUCGUCGUUAUUCACAUUGACUUGGACGCACGGGGAUCUCUGGAUAAAUUGGAGGGGAGGAAAAAAAAAACGCCGAGGUGACUCGCCGGAAUAAACCCCCCAAAGCACUGUGUGUAAAUAUAUAUACACACAUUUAUUUAUUUGGAAUCAACUCUGCACAAUGAUCCAGUGCGCCAACUGCGAAAAACCCAUUGUCGAUCGGUUCUUGCUGAAAGUUCUGGACCGACCGUGGCACGUUCAAUGCGUGCAAUGCUGCGAAUGCAAGUGCACUUUGACGGAAAAGUGCUUCUCGCGAGAAGGAAGACUUUACUGCAAGAAUGACUUCUUUAGGAGAUUUGGGACCAAGUGCGGAGGUUGCUCCCAGGGGAUUCUGCCCAGCGAUCUGGUCCGCAGGGCCAAGAGCAAAGUGUUCCACCUCAACUGCUUCACUUGCGUGAUGUGCAACAAGCAACUGUCCACCGGCGAGGAGCUUUACAUCCUGGACGAAUUCAAGUUCGUUUGUAAGGAGGACUACCACAACAACAACAACGGCAAAGACACCAUUCACCUCUCAGUGACGACGUGCAGCGAGCCCAGUUUGUCUCCGGACUCGCAGGACCUGCAGCAGGACGACUGCAAGGACUCGGAAGCGGGCCAUUUGUCGGACAAAGACUUGUGCCCCAACGAGAGCGACGAGCAGGGCGCGGUGGGCAAGCGACGCGGGCCUCGGACCACCAUCAAGGCCAAGCAGCUGGAGACCCUGAAAGCGGCUUUCGCCGCCACGCCGAAGCCCACCAGACACAUCCGGGAGCAGCUUUCGCGGGAGACCGGCCUCAACAUGAGAGUCAUCCAGGUGUGGUUCCAAAACCGGCGGUCCAAAGAGAGGCGCAUGAAGCAGCUGAGCGCGCUCAGCGCCAGGCGGCACAUGUUCUUCCGCAGCCCGAGAAGGAUGCGAGCUCUCGGGGAGAGGAUGGACACCGCGGAGCUGGGCCACUUCUCCUACUAUGGAGAUUAUCCUGGUGAAUACUAUGGCCCAGGUGGCAAUUAUGAGUACUACCAAGGUCCACCGUCGUCCCAGGCGCAGACGCCAGCAGACUUGGGCUUCGUGCCCUCCGCAAUCCCUGCCGGCACGCCCUUAGGCGCCAUGGAGCACCGCCACCCGGGGCACCACUGCCCCGGCGGAGAGGUGCAGUGUUACCCCGAGGUGCCGUCGCACCACCCGGUGAACUCCCCCAGCCCGGAGCCCAACGGACCGAGCUCCAUGCACAGCAUCUCCAGCGAGAUGUGCGGGCCCAGCACGCCUUUCGCCACCGUCGCCCUCGGCGACAGCGGCUACACCAACCAACUGUCGCAGCCCUCGUCCGAGGUGAGCGAAGGAACUGUAUGGUAACGCCAACCACAGUGAAGGCAGAUCACCACUUAUAACAGUAUUUAUUUAAUUAUUUAUUUAUUUGAUUUGUUCAGUCAUUUAUUUAUUUGUUUAUACAAUCUCCAUUCUUGAGUGUGAUUCCAUGCGUGUCUACAGUUGAUAGUAUUCCAAUGGGACUCACUAGUACUAAGUGCUGGAUUGUGCCGAACCUCUUUGAUGGAGCAAUAAACAUACAUACAGAAAUGUAUGCCAUCUCAUAUCAAUAUCUAUGUGAUGCAUGUAAGUCCAUUCAUGCAUCCAUGGUCUUUUGUACUUUUUUUUUUUUUCUUUUGGUUAUCUUUUCGAAAUUACUUUGAAAAAAAAACAGCUAAUGGUGACUACAAGGGUUUAGAUUGAGAUUGUGAAGUUCAUUAUUGCUUUUGACCAAAAAGCUCUCUCAGGACUGUCUAAGCUUUGCAUUUGUCAGUUGUGUCCAAACGGGUUUGCCUUCAAAAGGACAUGAGAUUUCGAAAAGAACGCAUUUGUAUAGGGGCUGAUCGCGCUUUCAUGAAGACGAUGAGUUCACGCUUAUAAAUAAAAGAAUAUUAGUGAAGGGCAGUCAACUGUUUACUUUGAGUCCCCACAAUUUAAAUAACACUGUGUAAAAGCUGAGUGAUUGUGGAAAUGGAUUCCAGAGCGCACGGACGAACUAAACCUCGGUAACUAUGUUUGUGAUUGCUCGCUGUGCUAGUUUGUAAUUGGAAAUAUGCACACACACACACACACGCAUACACGCACACAAAACCAGUGUUCAACAACACAACUCGUGAAAUUGUGGCUAAUUCAUGACGAUGUUUACAGUCAAACAAACAAAUAAACACAUCCAAGACACACAUUUGUAUGCAUAAUGCCAGGAGUAGCUGAUGUUUGUCAUGAGAUGAUUGUUGAAAUUAGGCUGAGACAGAUGUUUUUGACCAUUAACUGUAUGAUAAAAUGCAUUCUGGUUAUUGUUAUUUUGUAGAAAUUGACUUGAGAUGCAAGCAGCUCCCCUAAUUCAAAGCCCAACUGGAAUCCCUUUCAAACACUCGCAUUUGCAGUACAUACAGUAUGUCAACAUGUUUUGGGAAUAGUUUUGUAUGUUUUACUGUGUCAUUUUAAAUAUGAAGUCAAAUAAAAUGAUGUGGAUCGG